CUUUUCUGUGUUGUACUGUUACAGCCAAGAUGCUCUGGAGGACACUACAGAGAAAAUAACCCCCUCAGCUUCCUCCAAGUUGCAGUAGCAGACAACAAUUAUACUGCUUUACAGCCCACACAACAUAUUAAUAAUAAAAUACCUUUCUCUUCUUUCUUCUUUCUUCUUUCUUCUCUCCUCUCUCUCUCUCUCUCUCUUCGAGGCUGAGGCAGUGGGCAAAGGCAGAGAGAGGUUGUUAUCUCGUAUUUGGAUCAAUAUCAAUCAAGUUGGUCUUGAUACUCACUCUGCUUCGCUUUGAACCCUUUUUCCCAGGGUGGGUUUUCCAAUCCUACCUGAAACAUUAAAAGAAUAAGAGGGGUUUUGUUUAUUGGUUUCUCCUUUAUAUCGAUUGGAAUUGGUGGUUUGGUAGGAGAGUAAAUAAACCCUGAUAGUGUGUCGGCGCAUGGUCACUUUCUGUCGGCAUUGUCUGUAUCCAACGAUGAUACAGAGAAGGCAUGUCCAUUAAACUAUCCUAAGUACAACGCAGAAUAGAUGCUUUUGCCUCAGCCCUGAAGGAGGUUGCUGUGCUGCACCACCACCAUCACCCCCACCACUACCAAAUUCUCGAUUUGGCCGUGAUCGGAAGUGGGAUCUGCACAGGAUUGAGGAUUCAAUGUGGGAAUGCGGGUGAAUUUUGAUUUGGGCCAUCCAGAUUUUGGAAAAUCAAAUCAAAUUUUCCGCUGCAAAUGAAGCUGUGCUUUUCUGUGGCCUGGUUUUGUUCUUUCUGCGGGUAUACAGGUUUGGAGCUUUGUUCAAUGUAUAUAAAUUCACACCCCUAUACUACUGUAUCAUAUAGGUGAAUUGGUUCCCGUGCCAAAUGUCAAGGACUCUUGCAGCAAUUCUAGGAGGUGCUGCAGGAUCCGUGGCAUUGGUGGGAAUAGUAAUUCUAAUAAUAUGGUUCUGCCUAUCUCAUAAUAGGAGCGUUUCGAGAACUUCAGAGACAGGAUCUUCUGAUCCCUCUGUUCAAGUUGAAACAAAUGUUGGAGUUGAGUUGGCAUUACGAGAAGCAAGGCACUUUGAGAUGGCCGAAUUGUCUCUGGCCACAAAAAAUUUUAGCGACAUAAGUUUGAUAGGGGAGGGAAAAUUUGGUGAGGUAUACAAGGGUUUGCUUCAUGAUGGGAUGUUUGUAGCAAUCAAAAAGCGGUUUGGAGCGCCUAGUCAGGACUUUGUUGAUGAGGUACGCUUUCUCUCAGCUAUUGAGCAUCGGAAUCUUGUGACUCUUCUGGGUUACUGCCAAGAAAAUGGUCAACAGUUCCUUAUCUAUGAGCAUAUUCCUAGUGGAAGUAUUUCCAGUCACUUAUAUGGCACUGCUGCUCAGGUUUCACAGGAGAAGCUAGAAUUCAAGAAUAGGCUUCAAAUAGCUCUAGGGGCAGCUAAAGGUUUGGCUCAUCUCCACACCCUAAGUCCCCGUUUGGUGCAUAAGGAUUUCAAAACAGCGAAUGUACUGGUUGAUGAAAAUUUCAUUCCUAAGGUUGCAGAUGCAGGACUCCGCAAUUUUCUUGGAAGAAUUGAUAUUGCAGGCCCAUCUUCUCAAGUGGUGGCUGAUGAGAUAUUCCUUGCUCCAGAGGUAAGAGAGUUCAGAAGAUUUUCAGACAAGAGUGAUGUAUACAGCUUUGGGGUAUUCCUUCUGGAGCUGCUAAGUGGGCAGGAAGCAAACACAUUGCUGUCUCCAGACUCCAAUUUAAACUUGGUUGAAAUGGUGCAAAAUUAUCAGGACCACAGCAAUAUUUCUACCAUCAUCGAUCAAAGACUAGGAAAUAGGUUCACAGCUGAAGGCAUGGAAGAAUUCAUACAGCUUAUAAUCCGUUGUGUGGACACUUCUAGUGAGAGACGACCCUCCAUGAGCUAUGUGUUAAUGGAACUAGAUCGGAUACUUGAGAAAGAGACAACCCUGACAACACUCGUGGGGGAAGGAAUACCUGUGAUCCUUGGAAGCCAGCUAUUUAAAGCAUCAAAGUGAAAAGAAUGAGGAUUUGGCUUGUUUGCCUCCAAUUGUUGAGUGUGAUCUUUGUGAAAUACCUUUUAUUUUUUAAUUUUUUCCCUUUUCAAAAAAAAAAAAAACAUUAAAGGAGAUCCAGCUAUUUGAUAAGUGUAUAAAAAACAGCUGUAUUAUUUUUUGAUUUUUUUCUGCCAUAAAUGUAUGAGAAUAUUGUUGUAAGCCAUUAUUUGUUCAUAUCAUAAUGAAGGUUGGGUUCAGUGUGAUUUUGGUUA